UUAUUAAAAUGAUCAUAAUUAAACUUGAGAGUGAAAAUGUUGAAUCGUUGAAUUAAAAUAACCGGUUUUUAAAUAAAUCAUAGUCAAUCAGUUCUUCGAAUUUUUCUUUAAAAAUCUCUUCGGUGUAGUAUUAACACGAAAUGAAGGAACUAUCAUCAAUUAGUUUUAACAUCAGUGGAACUACUUACGAAGUAAAAGCCGAAGAUGUUACUCCACAAACCGACUUAAACACCUACCUACGGGAAAGAGCAUAUUUAAAAGGCACCAAACGUAUGUGUAUGGAAGGGGGAUGCGGCUCUUGUAUUGUAGCUGUUGAAGAAGUGAAACCUAAUGGAGAAAAAUCGGUUUUUGCAGUAAACUCAUGUUUAGUUUCUAUCCUUUCUUGUCACGGCUGGAAGAUACACAGUAUUGAAGGAAUCGGUGAUCCAAUGAAAGGACUUAAUGCUAUUCAAAAGUCUUUAGCAGAGAAUAAUGGAACGCAAUGUGGAUUUUGUUCUCCUGGGAUGGUAAUGAACAUGUUCGCCCUACAACAAUCCGGACAACAAACCAAAUAUGAUAUCGAAAACUCUUUCGCUGGAAACAUAUGCAGAUGUACGGGAUAUAGACCGAUUUUGACAGCUUUUUAUAACUUUGCUACCACUAAAAAUGUUGCAGAUAUUGAAGAUAUAGGAUCAACUCUAACAACGUGUUCCAAAAUAAACAAAAAAUAUGAAAAACCCACAGAAAAUUUUACGGUAAAAUUAGGAAAGUCUAGCUGGAUUAAAGUUUACUAUUUAAAAGAUCUUAUGGAGAUUAUUGGGACGUCUGGAGAUAAAAAAUAUAUGCUGGUUGCUGGAAAUACCGCACAAGGUGUGAAUUGGCCGACACGAAUCUUAUUUCCUGAGAUAUACAUAGAUAUAACAAGCCUAGACCAUUUGAUUGACCAUACAAUAACAGACACGUCUUUAAUUUUGGGUGCCAACAUAUCCUUAAGUAAAACUAUGGAUAUAUUUAAUGAAGCUGCUAAAAAAUACGCUAGUUUUAGCUAUUUAAUGGAAGCAGCUAAUCACAUUGACUUAAUUGCCAAUGUUCCAGUGAGAAAUAUCGGAACUCUAGCUGGAAAUCUAAUGCUAAAACACCAAAACCCACGGUUUCAGUCUGAUAUUUUUGUUAUUUUGGAGACCAUUAAGGCUACCAUUAUAAUAAUUGAUGUUGAAGAAAAUGAGUUUAGGAAGAGUCCACAGGAGUUUCUUGGCAUUGAUAUGAAUAAAAAAGUAAUAAAGGAGAUUAUGCUAAAAAGUUACGAUGCCAGGAAGUAUUUUUAUAAAAGUUAUAAGGUAAUGCCACGAGCGCAAAAUGCUCACGCCAUAGUAAACGCAGGUUUCCUUAUUAAAUUAUCUAAAGAAAACGUUGUAAAAUCAGCAAGUAUUGUUUAUGGAGGAAUUAAUGCCGAGUUUGCCCAUGCAAGUGCUACUGAAACUCUAUUAAACGGUUUAAACCUUUUUGACAACCAAACGCUACAAAAAGCGUUUCAAUCACUGGACCAGGAAGUCAAGCCAGAUCAAGAUCCUCUUGAGCCAAGUCCAGAAUGCCGAAAGAAACUUGCAAUAAAUUUAUUUUAUAAGUUUGUGUUAAACAUAGCUCCGUCCAGUUUAGUAACCCCGAAACAUCAGAGUGGAGGAACCAUUCUAUCCAGACCAGUAUCCAAUGGCGUUCAAGAGUUUACGCCUGAUAAAAAAACGUUUCCCAUGGGAGAACCUAUUAUUAAACUUGAAGCUAUUGCACAAGCAUCCGGUCAAGCCCAAUACAUCAUCGACAAACCCGAUCUACCCAAUCAGCUACACGCCAGUUUCGUGACAGCGGAUGCACCUUCAGGAUCCGAAAUUACGUUAAUCGAUCCAUCAAACGUUAUCGCUUUAGAUGGAGUAGUUGCCUUUUAUACUGCCAAAGAUAUUCCCGGUGCCAAUUCAAUUACGGUCCUGUCCUUCGGUUUGGGGCCAGAAGAACUACUCUGCUCCGGAACUGUGCAAUACUAUAACCAACCGAUAGGGAUCGUGGUUGCGAACAGUCACAAUACAGCCAUGGAGGCUGCAAAACUUGUAAAAGUUGAAUUUAAGAGACCUGCUACUAAACCUUUGUUAACCCCUAUGGAACUGCUUGCAGCCAAUAAGAAAGAUAGGAUUAAGCAUGAGACUUCUGUAGUACCCAAAAAAACUGGAAAAGCAACAAAGACCGUUAAAGGAGACUUCUACAUGGAUGGUCAAUACCAUUACCACAUGGAAACCCAAUGUUCCUAUGCCAUACCGACAGAAGAGGGCCUUGAAAUAUGGCCGUCAACUCAAUGGAUAGCACAUACUCAAUUUGCUAUAUCUCAAAUUCUCAAUUUGGAUGCCCAAAAAAUAGACGUAUCUGUAAAAAGAUUAGGAGGGUCAUAUGGAGGGAAAAUUAUUAGAGGAAACUAUGCGAAUGCGGCUGCCGCAUUAGCAGCUUACAAGCUGCAAAAACCCGUUCGAAUGUGGAUGCCUUUUCAUACUAACAUGGAUAUUAUUGGUAAAAGGCAUCCAUUUUAUAUGAAAUACGAAGUAGGAGUAAACGAUAAAGGUGCCAUUCAAAAUAUGACAGCAGAAUUAUACUCGGAUUCUGGCAAUGGGCCAGGUAAUGAAAAACUGGACUAUAUGAUCAUUGAUUGCUUUGAAAGUUGCUAUAACGUUGAUUCCUGGGGAUUUGACACUUUUACUGCCAGGACAGAUAAUACUCCUAACUGUUAUACCAGGGCACCAGGCACACUUGAAGGCUUAGCUGGAAUUGAAAGUAUAAUGGAUCAUAUAGCCUACACCCUAAACAUGGACCCAUUAGAUGUCAGGAUUGCCAAUUUGGACACCAAAAAGUACUCGAAAGUUUCUCAGUUCAUUAAUGAAAUGAAAACCAAAGAUAAUCUGAUGCAACGAAUUGAGGAUGUGAAAAAAUACAAUGCCGCCAAUCGUUGGAAGAAAAAAGGAAUCGGCCUAGCAGCGAUGAAAUGGAGGUUCAGCUUGUUGGGCAGCUAUACAACUUUGGUAUCGAUUUACUUUCAAAAUGGCGGUGUCGCCAUCUCGCAUGGAGGCAUAGAAAUCGGGCAAGGCAUUAACACUAAAGCCGCCCAAGUAUGUGCAUAUAAACUUGGCAUACCCGUUAGUAUGGUGUCUAUUAAACCCUCCAACAAUUUGGUGGCACCUAAUAGUUUUGCGACUGGAGGAAGUUUUGCAUCGGAGUCUAUUUGUUAUUCAGUAAUGUUGGCCUGCGAUAAACUACUAAGAAGAAUGGACCCAGUGAAAAAAGCAAAUCCUAAAGCGACAUGGGAUCAAUUAGUUAAAAUGUGUCAUGUGGCUAACAUAAACUUGAGCGCAAAUGGAUAUGUAUUUAAUGACGGAAAGGGAAUACAAGACUAUGAUAUAUUUGGUUUAUGUACCACGGAAGUAGAAGUGGAUAUUUUGACGGGUCAAAAAGUGAUUUCUCGAGUUGAUAUCAUUGAGGAUGUUGGUCAAAGUUUAAGUCCUUUGAUCGAUAUUGGCCAAAUAGAGGGAGCCUUUGUUAUGGGUUUGGGUCACUACUUAACCGAAGAGCUCAAAUACAAUGACGAAGGUAAAUUAUUGAAUAAUAGGACAUGGAAUUACAAACCUCCUGGGAUGAAAGAUAUCCCAGUAGAUUUUAGAAUACGAAUUCCACCUAACAAUCCAAACCCCAUAGGAGCGUUAAAAUCUAAAGCUACCGGAGAACCUCCAAUGUGCCUAUCGGUUUCUGCGCCUUUAGCUGUUAGAAAUGCAAUAGCAUCUGCCAGAACAGAUGCUGACAGCACCAAACCUAGAUGGGUUCCAUUUAAUGGCCCAACAACUGUAGAACAUACAAUACUAAACAGCCUUACAGAUUAUUCCCAGUUUACCAUAUAGCAGAUAACAUGUAAAAUAUUAUAAUUACUUAAAAAAUCUAAACAAUAAGUGUUGAAUCAAUGAAUUUAUUUAAAAAAAAUAUAUAUUUUUUACUUAGUUGGUCAA